ACUACAAUUUUCACUUCCUCUUCUCCUCUCUUCCUCUCCCACACCCCUUACUUACACUACACACCCUUCUUUUUCCUUUCUAUUCCUGGAUUAGCAAACCCCUGCACUCACUCACUUCUUUCCUUCCCAUUUUUUCUCCCUUUGAAGCACAAAAUCUUCUACUUUCCUUCCUCCUUUGAAUUAAUCUUGAUCCUUAUAUAUAUAUAUAUAUAUAUAUAUAUAUAUAUACACCUCUAAUAUGUAUUUUCACGUUUGAGUUUGACAUUCAUGUCUCCAGUCCUCAGUGAAAUCCUUCGUUCCGGGUUUAUGAUCAAUUCCUCCCUUAGACGCAGGACCCACCUAGUUCAAUCCUUCUCUGUUGUCUUCCUCUACUGGUUCUAUGUUUUCUCAUAAUUAAUUCGCCCAACACCACUUCCCUUUUAUAUUAUAUGGUUCUAUAUCAUAGUAACAAUAACAAUAUUAGUAAUUAUCAUCUAUAUUAGCCAAAUUAAAAUCAUUUCUCUUCACACCCAAAUUAAAAUUUCCAACCUUUUUUUAUUUUUUCUAGUAUAGUACUCACUUUGGUGUAAUUGUAAAUUAAUAUAUCUUAUGUGAUGGCCUCAUCUAGUGGAACAUCGAGCACGUCCAUUCUUCUUCAGAGCUCUGGCUCUGAGGAGGAUUUGCAGCUUCUGAUGGAACAAAGAAAAAAGAAGAGAAAGCAAUCGAACCGCGAAUCGGCCAGAAGAUCAAGAAUGAGAAAGCAGAAGCACUUGGAUGAUCUCAUUGCACAAGUUGACCUCCUCAAGAAACAAAAGAGCCUAACCCUCAAGAAAGUGAACAUCACCACACAACACUGUCUCAAGGUUGAGGCUGAAAAUUCCAUUCUCAGGGCCCAGAAGACUGAACUCACACAAAGCCUUCAAUCACUCAAUGAUAUCAUCAAUCUCAUCAACACGACCACCACUUUUGAUCAUAACAAUUAUUAUUACAAUAAUAAUAAUAAUAAUAACAAUAAUAAUAAUUUCAUGAUGAAUCCCAUGCACAUGGCAUAUCUUAACCAACCAAUUGUGGCCACUGCAGACAACAACAUGUUUCUGUGGUGAAGAAUCUGAAAAAAAAAAUUAAGAUUUCGUGCUAGUGUGUUGUUCUGUUGGGAGUUUCGUCACGGUGGAAUCAUUCAUGAGUGAGGGUAAGGUAAAUAUUUGUGGUACCUACUACUAGUGUGAGGCAAUAUUUAUUAAGAUAUUAUUAUUAUUAUUAUUAUUGGAGUGUCAUCAGAACUUGCUUGCUACAUUUGAUGUGAUUUAAAUAAUGGAAUCAAAUCACAUAGUGGCAUUUGCUUAGUUCUGUUGUUAGGUCACCAAAGUGGCAUGCUACUUGCCAUUGUCCAAUGUUUUGGAAAAAUGGAUGUCGGUGUAAGUGUAAUGUCCAUUCUCUGCUCUCUUUUUUUUUUUUUUCUUUUUUAUAUGAUGAUUAAUAUGAUAUGAAUGUUAUGGGUGUGCUUUUAUAAAUGUAAAAAUGGUACUGGUCCCCCCCCAA